GGGGCGGGGAGAAGGCGGGAGAGCCGCCAACGGCUGUGGUGUGGCGGGGCGUCGUGAGGCGCCGGCUGCAGGCGGGCGUGGCGCUGUGAGGAGAGCGGGAACAUGGAGCGUGAAGAGACAGGGAGCUUGGAUUUGUGAGUGUCAGCAGUGGGGCUCCUUACGAGCCUCGGGAGGCAGAGGGCGAGAUGCAGGAGAGCGUUGUGUGGGAAGAGCGUGACGCUGUGUUGCUUGGGUGGGGGGAAAAGGGUCGUGGAGGCUGUUCUUCUGUAAGCUUUCCUUUUGCUGUGUGUUUGUCCCCGUGCCUCUCGGUUUGCUCGACCUCUUGGUCUGACCAGUCAAAUCCAAGUGCCCAGGUCUCCACGACCAGCGUGUGUAAAAGCACCCAGGGUGUGAGGUGAAAAUGGUGCUCGUUGGCAUCAGAUUCGCCUUGUAAGGGUAACACACAUCGAAACAGCACACAGCCUUCCUGCCGGCUGGUCCGAGAACGUGGAAUGCGUUCCCCUGGAGCUGUGAACAAUAGUAAAUCUCCUGCUAAAUGCAAGGCGUGUUCUUUGGCACUGCUCCACUUGAGCAUAAAUAUGUAACUUCAGCUGUACUUUAGCACAACAUCUCUUGAAGUAGAGAUACUCGUGCUCCUCCCCAGGGAUAGACAACAUAGCAGCAGAGUAUUUGUUGUAUUUGGGGAAUAUUUGGGGAAUAACCUUUUUAUUAUUUAUUUCCAAGCACAUAUAUAUAUAUAUAUUCUAUUAUUUAAAUAUAAAGAGCUCUUUAAAGUAGAGCUGAAGUGGAUCUAGUGCCCUACAGCACCGCACUUGUUUACUUAACUCAAGUAACUUUAACAGAAAAAGCUCCCUAGUUUUUCCAAUUGUGAAGAAGAAUCAUCCAAGGCAGAGUUUCUAUGUUUGAUUCCAUAUUUCUAAUACACCCUCCCAUUUCAACACCACAUUGCUCACUAGUUUGUUAUCAAGUCAAGUUCCUAGUUUUGACUUUAGAAUGCCCCUUAGGGUCACCUGCUGCUGUGUUUAUGCGUGGUGUUACCAGUUUAAUCUAGCUAAUGUGUGAGUCCAUCUUGAAGCCCAGUUUGCUCACUUUGAUAACAGUCUUUUCCAGGCUGCCCAUGACCUCAGCAGUCCAUUUUUUUUUAGUUUCACUGACCAAACAAAGCACGGCUGCCUGGAGAUUAUACCCAGGCAAGCAAAACAAAAACAUCAGAUGGUGCCAGAACGUUACUAGUGCUACCAUUUAAAGCGUCAGUUGGAUUGGAGCUUUAUCUCAGAUCACGACUUUUGCUGUAUUGUGCCACAAAAUCUGAAACUAUGCAAAGAGCUUUUGCAGGAAAAAAAAAACCCUUGGCUUAACUGUGAAAGGGCUGUCUGUUGGCAGAAUGUUCUCAAUGAGAAGCUCAGCAGAAGGGCUUGAUUUGCCAGAGGCUGAAAUUGCUAAACUUCACCAUACACUGGUAAUUUGUUCUUUGUUCUCUUUGACUUAUUUUUUCUUCUAGCAAAGGAAAGUCUUAGGCACGUUUUCCCUUAAAAAAUAAAAAUAAAAAUGUAUGUUUUAUCUAGCUAACAUUAACUAACAAAAGCCCUGGAGAGGAUGGAGUUGUGUUAACAGGUGGGAAUCUACCUGAAGAUUUCUUUUAAAACUAUAGCGUGGGUAUUCUCUUUAGGUAAUUUGGCAGAGAUAGGAAAGUCGUUGUUUUUAUUUUAAAAAGAAAAUUGUAAUAAAUACAUACAAAAUUAUAGUUUGUCAUGAGCAUUCAGGAUAUGCUAUCACACAGUUUUAAGUACUUUCUUGACAUACAAGGAUGAUGUGUCCUCUGCAAAUAUUUAUUGUUGAACGUGGGUCAUAAGGGUGUUGUUAGAGGGAUUAGACUAUUUUUUUUACCUCCUUCAAAUCAAUUCUAAGUGUCCAUUCAAAUGCUUCUGAGAGAUUGGUGUAAUAAUUCUAACCAACAAACUGAAACCAGCCCCAGCUGUGAUACAACUUGCCCUCACGUACCCUAUGUAUGACAUCAUUGCCACCACCAAUUUUAAUGAACUACUUGGAAUAGAAGUUAGUAAGUUACUUCCUUAACAGAAGAGUUUAGUUUGCCCUAAAGUGUUCUGUCUGUAUCCAGUUUGGGAGAGUUGCAAAGAGCUGUUAUUUUUUGUAAUUAUAGAUAGUUUUAUUCUGAUGUUCUCUGUAUUUUGCAAAACUUGAAUUAGUCACAGAUUGGUCUGUCUUUAACACUGAGCUCUUGCAGUCAUCCCAGAAGACUGCAUGCCGCAGAGAUCAGCAGAGCUGGGCAGCAGGCAGCAGCUGGUACCUUGUGCUGCCUUUGACACACUGCUCCAUCAGUUCAGAAUCUUGUCCAGCGUCAUUCUCUUGGAGGCCUCAAAGAAGUCAUUUUGCUGUGGUGUCCCAGCUACAGUAUUUAGCCCAUAAAGCGGUCUCUGGAGUUCUCAGGCUAUCCCAGCAGGAAUGCAGGGCGAAACCUCAGAUAUGCCUGAUCCUUUCUGUGUUUUCCAGGACUUUUCAUUUUCCACUCUACUUUUUUUCGUUUCUUCUUUUUUCUUUUCCUUUGCCCAAGCUUGUCAAAUAAAUUGCAUCUGUUUUUUUGGCCGUUACAGUUUAUGGUUUCUAGGAAAAAGAAAUUCUCUGCCCAUUUACAAUAAAUACCAGAGAGCCAGAGUAGAGGGAUUGAGAAGCAGGAAUAUACUGGAGGAAAGUCUGAUGCUUGGAAGGGGAAAAUACUUUUCUAUUGUAAAUUUGUGCCAAAUUAUAACUGAACUAUCUUUGAAGAACCUCAGGGAUGAAGCUGUGUGGCUUGUGGUUUUCCUUAAGGGUGUCUGGAGUGUGACUAGCAUCAGUGAAAGCAGCAAUGGCUUCUCCCAACAGCUGCAACUGCUUGGGGUUCUGUAGAACAUAAGGAAGCCAUUUGAGGACAGAACAAAUGACAUUUUGUUUCCUUUACCACUUCAGGAGUGGGCUGAUAGUUUCAUUUUAUGUUUCUUACCCUAUGGGAUCACUGCUUCAACUGCUGAUAAACGUAGUCAUUGUUAUUAAGACUGAUGGUGUAAUUUUAGCCUGGUGGUGGAUGAUUCUUUUUCAACCUGUUGGUAACAAAUAAUGUUAUUUAUUUUUACCUUCAGGAAAAAGAAACAAAAAAAAAACAAAAAAAAAAAACAAAACAAAAAACUCCAACCUCCAUUUGAUUUAUGUGCUACAAAUGCACUAAUAAAUUACAAUUAAGUGGAAGAUGGAGCCUUCUGCGUCAUCUUUGUUUUCCUGCUGCUGUCUGUAAAGAUAUUUUCUGAUCCCUCUGUGCAUAUACCAGCUACACUGAGAAAAGAAACAAUGGCAGCACCUGAACAUCAUUUGUUUUAUUUCUUCAGAACUAUGUUUGUUUCAGAGGAUCAGGGAGAGGAAGAUAAAUAGAAAAGAAUCACCUUUACCCUACAAGCAGUUGUUUUGAUAAAAGUAUAAUUAAAUUAAGUGUGCCAGAAAGGACCAUCAUAAAUAGAUUUUCUCAAUAGAUUUAUUGUGCUGUCACUGUUGGUAAUACAAAUGUUUAUUAAAAAACGAUCAUUUAAAACAUCAAGAAGACUGUAGCGGUUCUCUAUCUUUCUGAGGUAAACAAUUCUAUCCUGGGCCUUUCUUGCCAAUAUUCCUAUAUGGUCCCGGCUAAUAAAAACCAUUAACAAGAAAAUUUCCCAAUCUUGUCUAUUUUCAUCUUAUUUUUUCUCUCAUCUAAAUGAAUUGUCAUAAAUUCCUCUAGGUCAUGGAUGAAAAACAUCGCUUAGGGCUAAGCAGACCUUUCUGACUCUUCUGAGUGACUGCAAAUUACAGCAAGAAUGAGAUACUGAGAAUCCCUGUUCUGUUUCUACUUAAAGCUUGUCCAGAUGCUCUUCCUUUUGUUGCACAUUUGCAGCUGCACUGGGAUUAUUACAAUAUUGGAGCUGUUUCCAGAAAACACAUGGAAUGUGUUCAGCCAGAAUAUAGUACCAUUUAAGAAAGGGAUGAACAUUCUCUCUUGUAUUUAAAGCAAAGAUAGAGAUGAAUCUGAAACUUAACAUUUAUUUUGUGUUUAGUAGUGCUGUAUUUAUGGGGGAUUAUCUGGUGAAAAGGCAGCUACCUCACCUAUCUGACUCCUAAAAGACAAGGAAAAGUUUGUCAGAUGUUGCAAUAUGUGUUAGAGAUGGGAUGCGAUUAUAUUCGGUUAAGCAAUCUGUGUGACUCACUUGAUGACCAAAUCCCAUUACAAGGCCUGUAGAGAAGCCCAUAUAAAGGGCAUUAUAAAUUCAAGCAACUUUAUAACAUAACUUUAAUUUUGUUCUGGACUCAUAAUACUAGAUUACAGUUGGGCAGGACAGUUUGCCAUGGCGUUAUCUUGGAGUUGCAGGAGGUGUAAACUGACACUUUAGGGCUCAACAUUUCCUGAAGAAGACAUCUCUGAACUUGCGGAGAGGCUUUGCCCUCACGUUUACCACGUGGGUACCUUCUGCACUCCUUUUGUACAGAGGACAGCAAGGAAUUCCCCCAAAUGCCUGUGUUACACCUGAGGUCUGUCAGCAGUUAGAGAUGGAGGUAUUAAGAGCAACACAAGUGUAAUAUGGAAAGCACUUUCCAGCAAUCUGUAACUUAAACAUACUGUAAGUCCAUUCCAAAAGAAUGAAGAAAUUUGCCCUGCCGUUAUUCUGAAGAAAGAUGAGCUAUUUUUCAUCUGCAGAAAGACUGAGCUCUUAAAAUCUAGAAAUCAGUUGAGCAAUUAGAAAAAUGCUGGAAUUUUGCAGGCAGAACAAUUCACUGUGAUCUUAGUCUUAUUUUGUUAUAAAUCCUACAACAAAACAUAAUGUAGUCUUGAGAGCAGCAGGCCCAAUGUCUUUACUGAGUCCUAGAGUUCAAAGUUCAAAGCAUGCUGAAUCACAUUUUAUGCUCCUAAUGCAUUGCUCAGAUGGGUAAUGUCUCAGCUUUUGAUUUAAGCAUCUUAUCAUCUUGUGAGCAGAGUUUAUUUAAAAUUUAAUGCAGCAGUCCAUGCUAUUUUCUCAACCGCAAAUAAGUGAUUUCUACUUUAGUCUCCACAGAGACUUAGAGAAGAUAUAGAGGAAUGCUGCAUAACUGGAAUGUUUACUUCCCUGCAGCUUCAGUAUGCAGCCCACUGGCACAAAAAGGCAAAUAAGCAUAAUCUCCUUUCCCAAAGCUUCCCCACCAUCACUUCUUUUCAUAGUGUCUGGCCUAUCAAUAUGCUUCAAAUAAGCUCAUUUGCUUCUGUAGUGAACGUGUUUUGCAAGUGUGCAAUACGUGCGUUCUUUGCUCACGGAAUUUUGGCUGUGUACAGAGGGGUUCGAUGAGUAGCAAAUUUAUCAAGGAAGAGGAGGGACCUGUCGGUACCAGAAGCGUGGUAAAAUGCUGCUGUGUGUCAGGAGCCCAGCUGUUGCUCGACUUUCUGAAAGAAUCCUAAGGCAGCCUGUGCUUACCUGUGAGUGAUUCUCCUUUACUUCCACUCUGUGAUCAGAGAAUUGCCAUUUUGUUUCCCCAGGAUGUUGUGUGUUUGUGCAUACGUUUCUUUUUGCUCUCUGAAAAUCCAAGGGGUUUUAUCUCACAAUUGCAAUCCUCCAUUUGGUGUCUGCAGUAUCGGAGCUCCUAACCUGCCCUGUGCUGAAGUGCCAGAAGGCUGGCUAAGGCAUUGCACGUUGAGGUGUGCAGGAGGCAGGAGUGAGUCAGCGCUCCUGUCAGCAUCCGGAGCACACAUGGGCUGUAAUAAUACUUUUCCUAGAACGAGCAGAACAGGUCACACGGAAUAGCUAUGUGUUGUUUGGGAAGAAAAACAGUGGGCUUCCUGUGUGCAGAGCCAUAAACAACACUAUAAUAAAGGAAGGCAUAGACACGUAGAUGUUAUUUCCAGGGAGACCAGUGGAUCUCAUUAAAAUGUUAUUAGCCUUACUAAAGGUACUUGAUGACUAUAAGAGAUGUAUAAAACACAGAGGUUGCGAGCGUCUGAUUCUCACUUGUGUGAGGCCUUUCUAAACAGUCCAGUUGUAGCACAGCUUCAAACUCAAGUUGGCUGUACUUCUAACUCAGGUAGCUGGGAUCCAGGACAGGACUUCUUUGCAGGAGGCCCAGAACACUCAACACCAUGGCUGCCCCAAACCAGUGUUGACUGACAGGAGCUCAUUAUUAUUUUAAUCCGCAGAGCCUACGUAAUUACCUUGAGUGAAUCUUGCACUGUGACUCCAGGCUGAGCGGUCAUGCAUGGUGACCAUAGGUACUGAAAGAGGAGCUGGGCUUUAGAGGUCCCGAACCACAUCCCCAGAGCUGCCCGUUAGCUUCUAACUUCCCACCUCAAGCCUCUGGCAGCUUAUGGGGAUGCAGCACUCUCAUUCUCUUCUGUGCCCCACAAACGCUGACCGGCUUCAGUACUGCUGUCCCAUGGAGACACGGCUGUGGUUUGGCAAUCUUCUGGUUUGUUUUCCGGGAACUAAUUACUGUGGGAUAGAAUUCCAAUUUUAAUCACAGAUGAAAAAAAAUCAACCUACAAAGAUAAGAGCCUGUGCUGUUUUCUAGGAAUUUUACUUCAGAGGAAAUGAACACGAGGUAGAGGUGUGACGAUCAAUGUGAAUGGUGUGAAUACAUGAUACUAUUUGCUUUUAAUAUUCUUCCCUUCCAUAUCAUCUUUUUUCCUUGCUGAAGUGAUGACUCAGGAAGAGGUCAGCAAAGCAGAGCUUCUGGAAGACCUUUAUUAGAGAAGAGGUGAGGAAGAGGGAUCCCACGCGUCCCGUGGCAGAUGUAGGUAGCAGCAACCAAGGACUGAGGAGUGACAGGCUGCAGAGCUAUCAAGUGCAAACCCUGUGUAUGAGAAGUUCUAUCGACAGGUUGAUUCUGCUAAUACUGGAAGAGUGUUAGCUUCUGAUGCAGCUGUUUUCUUGAAGAAAUCUGGAUUGACGGACUUGGUACUUGGAAAGAUUUGGGACUUAGCUGAUACUGAUAGCAAAGGAAUCUUGAACAAACAGGAGUUUUUUGUAGCUUUACGACUUGUGGCAUGUGCACAGAAUGGAUUGGAUGUUUCCCUGAGUAGUCUCAAUUUGCCCGUUCCUCCACCAAGAUUUACUGAUACCAGUAGUCCUUUGCUGCUCAGUGGAACAGCAUCAAGUGAUAUACCAUGGGCUGUUAAGCUGGAAGACAAGGCCAAGUAUGAUGCUAUUUUUGACAGCCUAAAUCCUGUUAAUGGACUACUGUCAGGAGAUAAAGUGAAACCUGUACUCCUGAACUCAAAACUACCAGUGGAUAUCUUAGGACGAGUGUGGGAAUUGAGUGAUAUUGACCGAGAUGGAAUGUUGGAUCGUGAUGAAUUUGCAGUUGCCAUGUUCUUGGUGUACUGCGCAUUGGAGAAAGAACCAGUGCCAAUGUCCUUGCCUGCAGCUUUGGUGCCACUAUCCAAGAGAAAACCUAUUAGUGUUCCAGGAGCAAUGCCGUUAAUUCCUUCUUCAGCAUCUUCCAAAGAUUCUCAUCAGUCCUUGCCACCUGUAGGCAUUUUAGCUGCCAAAACACCAUUAACACAGUGGGUUGUAUCGCCUGCAGACAAAAUUAAGUAUGAUGAGAUCUUUGUGAAAACUGACAAGGACAUGGAUGGAUUUGUGUCAGGUGUGGAAGCCAGAGAGCUAUUCUUGAAGACAGGACUGCCUUCUGCUCUGCUUGCACAUAUCUGGGCUCUGUGUGACACAAAGGAUUGUGGGAAGCUUUCCAAGGAACAGUUUGCUUUGGCUUUCUACUUAAUUAAUCAGAAAUUAACAAAGGGCAUUGAUCCACCUCAAGCUCUGACUCCAGAGAUGAUUCCACCUUCAGACAGGAGUGUCACAUUACAGAAGAGUGCUCAAGGACUGAAUUCUGUAGCAGAUUUUUCUGCAAUUAAAGAGCUUGAUACAUUGAACAAUGAAAUAGUAGACCUGCAGAGGGAAAAGAAUAAUGUAGAGCAAGACCUGAAGGAGAAAGAAGAUACCAUCAAACAGAGGACGAGUGAGGUCCAGGAUCUACAAGAUGAAGUAAAACGGGAGAGCAGUAACCUGCAAAAGCUGCAAGCGCAGAAACAGGAAGCGCAGGAAAUCCUUAACGAUCUUGAUGAGCAGAAGGCCAAGUUGGAAGAGCAACUCAAUGAUAUCAGGCAGAAGUGUGCAGAGGAGGCCCACUUGAUUGCUAUGCUGAAAGCUGAAAUAACAAGCCAGGAGUCAAAGAUUUCAGCAUAUGAAGAUGAACUGACCAAAGCUCAAGAGGAGCUGAGUCGUCUGCAGCAAGAAACUGCAGAGCUUGAGCAUUGCAUAGAGUCUGGGAAAGCACAGCUGGGACCUCUUCAGCAACAUCUGCAAGAUUCACAACAGGAAAUCAAUUCGGUGCAGACAAAACUUCUUGAGCUGAAAGAACUGGAAAGUAACCAAUUCAGUUGGCACUCUCAGCCACAGAAUGUACUUGUUAAUGGAACUGCGGAUCAUUCUAGUCUUAGCAACAGCAGCAGUGAAACCGCUAACCUUAAUGAGAAUGCUGAGAGGGAAAGCAUAGCUGAAGAUGAACAAAUAAACAAUGUAUCCCCACCCAGAAAUAGUCCUGAAACAACAGCUGCUGCUGCUGCUGCGGAAGAAGACAAAGAGACUCCAGCUGCAACUGUUACGAGAAAAGAGGAUCCUUUUGAUGCUGAAUCUCAUCCAUUGCCUGAUAUAGUUUCUGAAACAAGCUUAGAGUUCUUCCAGUCCGACCCUUUUGUUGGCAGCGAUCCCUUCAAAGAUGACCCUUUUGGGAAAAUUGAUCCUUUUGGUGGUGAUCCCUUCAAAGGCUCAGAUCCUUUUGCAGCUGACUGCUUUUUCAAACAGUCCUCCACUGAUCCUUUUGUGACUGCAGGCACUGAUCCAUUUAGCGCAGCAAGCAACAGUAAUAAUACCACAACAGAGAUACCGAAGAAAAAUGAUCCUUUUGCUCCUGGUGGAACAACUGUUACUGCAUCAGAUGAUCUAGCUACAGACCCCUUUGCCUCUCUGUUUGGAAAUGAAUCCUUUGGAAGUGGCUUUGCUGACUUCAGCACGCUGUCAAAGGCCAACAAUGAGGAUCCCUUUAGCUCUUCCACAUCAGGCUCUGUCAAAAAUGUGGUCAUAACUAAAAACUCAUUUGAAGAGCCACCAGCCAAAAACGAGGACAUCCCUCCUGCAUUGCCCCCUAAAACUGGAACUCCCACAAGGCCCUGUCCGCCACCUCCCGGGAAAAGACCUAUCAAUCAAAUAGACUCUUCAGAUUCCUUUAAACCGAGCGAUCCAUUUCAGCCUUUUCCCACCCCAGAAAUUCCCAAAGAACAAGAAGCAGAUCUAUUCUGUGAUCCAUUUGCUCCCACCAGCGUCAGUAAAGAGGCUGACCCCAACAAUUUUGCAAACUUCAGUACUAAUCCAUUUCAUAGAAGUCGUGGUGCCCAAGCAGUAGAAGCAAAUCUAAAGUAUUCUACUGAGGAAGACAUGAUUGAAUGGGCUAAGAGGGAAAGUGAGAGAGAAGAGAAAGAAAGAUUGGCAAGACUAAAACAGCAAGAGCAAGAAGACUUGGAACUGGCUAUUGCACUCAGUAAAUCAGAAAUAUCAGAAGCAUGAAGCUUAGAAUAAGAUGUUGUCAUAUGUCAACUGUUUUGUCCCUUUCCCUGAAUACCUAACCUAUUUAAAUGUUAAUCAGAAGAUGACAUGUAUACAAAAAAUUAAGAAAGGUUUUAAACUUUUGAAAGUGGUGUGUUCCUGCUAAAUUCAAUCCUUUGGGUUAUUUUUAUUAUUUGAAUAACUUAAUUCUAGCAUUCAAUUUCUCUCACGUUUUCAGGAAAAUAAGGAACUUUUCCCAGAUGUAAGCAAAUCAGUUGAAAAUGCAGAAAAUGAGACAUUAGUUUGACUGGAAUCUGUCAGCAGUUGGUAAUUGAGCAUAAAGUGAACAUAGCAAUUAUUCUGCCAUGGCUGAUUGUUUCCCAUCAAGCAGUUAGUCAUUUGAAACCUCUUAUCCUUCUAGAAAGAUUUUAGUAAUGCCAGAGUCGUGGAGUGCUUUAUUUUAUAUGUAUGCAUAUAGAUUUUUUUUCUCUUCAUUGAAGAUUCUAUUUGGACUUGAAAUAACAAUCUUCAUGGAGUCUAAGUCAAAAAGAGUGUGUCUUACAGAAACCUUUAAUGCUUUUCUUGCAUGGUCAUAGGUUUUAAGACCAGUAACUUUGUUUUAUAAAGCAAUUAAAUGGAAGAUUUGUGUGCAUUUGCUGUUGGCCAAGGUGACUGUCAAAUAACAAGGCCCCGCUGCUGUUUGAGCCAGUUUUGCCUGUGAAAUAUGCAGAUAAGUAAUUGGCAAGAUUACUCGCCCGUUAGCUGGCAAGAUAGUAAGUUGAAAAUGAAAUGAGAUUGAGAAUAGAAAGAAAACAUGUUGUCUGAUCUUUUUUUUCAUUUUUUUUUUAAAGGUUGCUUUUUUCCUGUAUGUGUAAUUUAUUGAAUGCCAACAGAUAGUUGCACCUUAAACUGAAUUUUUUUAUGGUCACUGAGUGGGAUUGAUAUGAUUUUAAUGAAAAUAACUUAAUGAAAGUAACUUAUUGUUCACUUUGAAAGAACUCCAUUCUGGAGAAUUGGUUUAAUUAAAAUAAUUCCAAGAAUAUUCUUUUGCCCUAUCUAAGAAAAAUGGAUGGCAGCAGCAUAAGCAUCAAGAGAUCUUUAUUUCUUUCUUGCACUUUUAACUUGUGGUGUUUCUGUUGAGGAAAUGGAAAAGUUUCAACACACAGCACUGGGAGGAGGAGUUGAGCUCAGCCGCGCUUCAAUACAUUUAACCUCUUCCCAUUAUGUGUCAGUGCUGCUGUUGAAAAGAGUUUGAUAGUUUUCAGUUUUUCAGGAAAAUGGGUAACCGGACUGGGAUGUUAUUUCUUUUGCACUGGGAAAUGAGCGUUUCAACACCUGCUCAAAAAAGGUAACUUAAAUUUUUGCAAGGAUUAAAUAGUUAAAACUUACCUAUACAUCUUCAUAAUGAGUGUACACUAAUCUUGCAAAUCACGCUUAACUGGAUUACAUAGUUUCUUAUCUUUUGUUAAAAAACGUAUACUCAGUGGACCAACACAAUAUUAUUAUGUAUAUAUUAUAUAUAUAUUCUUGCUUUCCUUUAUGGAAUUUAAAGGUUUUGAGUCAUUUGAUGUUACAUUUCAUGUUACUGACUCUGACUGUAGUACUUUUACUCAGACUACCAACAAACCACUGCUGUGAGCUAAAUGGCAUUACUUAUGAAGUUUUAACUUUUUUUAAAAAAAGAAACUUGUUCAGGUGGGAUUAGCCUCUAUUUAUAGACUUCCCUUUUGUUUAAGAAUUCUAACAAUAGCCUGUAAUUAUGAAGAAAUAAAAUUUAAGUACAUAAGCGUGAA